CUGCAAAUCGAUGAGGUAAAGUUAAAGGGAUGAAAAGUAGACGAGAUCAAUGAUCCAGGAGGUUAGUCCUUUCGUAAUAAGUAAUCGUUACCAUUGCUCAUGAUUUUGAAACAGCCCUUUUAGUCUUUCCAAAAACUGAUUAACGAUAGAUUAGGGGUAGCAGUUUUUGAAAGCGCUACAAUCUGGUAGAUCGAAUCUCCAUCGGCGUCAGUGCUCAGGGAUGCUGCGCGCGUUGCAUGUCUUCUUUGCGUCCUGCGCCCACAGCCAUUCGUUUAACGGUAGCAAGUUGGUGGAGGUGCGGUCGGUCUGUCAGUGGGCCACGAACGCCGUCGGCUCGAGAUUUGUCAGUCUUCGUCGACUCGGUGCGUCGUCGGGUUGUCAGGUCAGGGCAGUGCGAGCGAGGGCAACGUGCCAUAAGCAUGGAGCUCCACGAUACCUCAGAAAUACCAAGCGUGGUCGAGUUGAACGUAGGUGGUGUUUUCUACACGACAGCCCUGACGACCCUAACGAAGGAGAGCGAUUCUCAGCUGGCUGCAAUAUUCAAUGGGAAAUUGCACGUAGAGAAAGACGCUAAGGGAAAGUAUUUCCUGGAUCGGGAUGGGGUACUCUUCCGUUACAUCCUGGACUUUCUACGAAAUCAAGUAUUGGUUUUACCGGAAGGAUUCAGAGAGCGCGAGAGACUUCGCCAUGAAGCGCACUACUAUGGUCUUCCAGGAUUAGAAAAAGCCAUCUCCGAGCACAGCGAUUCUCCAACAUCGGGAAAACGUUCCGCAGGAUAUAUUACAGUUGGUUAUCGAGGAAGCUUUGCUUUUGGACGCGACGGUCUUGCGGAUGUCAAGUUCCGUAAACUCUCAAGGAUUCUUGUUUGCGGAAGGGUCGCCCUCUGCAGAGACGUCUUCGGAGAGACGCUUAACGAAAGUCGCGAUCCCGAUCAUGGAAUGUCUGACCGAUACACAUCAAGGUUCUUCUUGAAGCAUGGAUUCAUCGAGCAGGCUUUUGAUAUGCUACAGGAACAGGGAUUCAAACUGGCUGGAAGUUGCGGUUCAGGAACUGCUGGCGGUAACGCUGAACAGCUAAAGCCUGGUGUUGAUUCCGAGGAAAAUCGUUGGAAUCAUUAUAAUGAAUUUGUUUUCGUACGCGAGUAGAUCCUUCGAGAUUUUAUGACAAUCAGCGAGUCCUGUGUCGAUUGCUGAUACUAUUUAUAGAAAAGUCAGUACUCUCAAUGUCCGUUAACGCUUUUCACGGAUCACUGAAAUACUUGAUAUCAAUUGAAAAGGAUUUUGCUCUACAAGAAAACAGUGACACUCGUUUCUGUUGAUAUUCUCGUUUAACCCUGCCACAUUAUUGUGACAGAUGAUCACAAGCAGACAUACACCAGACAGAAAGACAGAUCUAAAAGAAUUAAAAUGAAGAAAGCAAAUUGAAAAUCAUCAAUGGCCUCAGAUUUCAAAAAGGGUUAUUGAUGUUGAAUGACACAUCUUGCCAGGUGUUUAGAAUGAUCCUGAACUCCAAGACAUAACGGACCGAAAAAUUUCUCAAGACAAAGAAGAAUCUCGUUGAACUUUUGGAUAAAGGUAUGAUCUAUAACUUUGAAUGAUUCUUAUACCCAAUGGAUUAAGACAUUUGAAUCAGUUUGCAAAUGGGAGGCUGAGAUAAAUUUAAGUCAGAUUAUUGACGAGGGAAGACAAUUUUUUCCAGCGACGAAGACGGACGUGAAACUAAUAGACGAAACGUCUCGCAGUGUGUCUAUGUACGUAUCAAGGUACGGACAGCAAGAUAAUCAAAGUCACUGUUACGCCUUUCGUCGAUUCACGGCGGAAGAUUUGCGUACAGAAAAUAGUAGAUAAAACGUUAGAUAAAUAAUCGCGCGUUCCACGGUUCUCAUAGGAUUAUACGUGCGAUACGUUAAACACAAAGAAUAAAGAUACGUGUAUCCCUGCAUAGCAAGGAAGUAUAGGCCAUGAAUAUUUACUGAGAGUUGAUCAUGUGCCGAAUGUCUCGAUACUAUUUUAAGUAAAUUCGAUUAAUAUCAACAUAAUAAAAAUUAACUUACCGAAAGCGAGUCAACGUAAAAUCUUAUUCAAAUUCGCUGGCGAAGUAUAUAACAUGCAUAAUUGUUUUCGAAUGUACAUCAGUGCUGUAAAAGUAUAGUGUGCGAGGUAUUUUGACUGAACUAAUCAUCAGAAAUAAUUAGUCAUCGAUCACUGACAGAAAAUAUUCGAUUUAAGUGACACAAAUUCGUUAAAUCUUAUAAGAAUUAAUUGCGUUAUUUAUUUUCAAACUUAACGUACUUCUCGUCAAACUAGUCAUUCACUGAGUCCUGUCAGUUUUACUCCCGUCAUUUUUAAUUCACAGGUAACACCAUUCUUUCGCGCUAUAUAUAUUUAAUGAAGUAUGAUAUUUAAACAGUUAUGUCGAUGAUCCAAAGAAUGCUUGUUGGUUAGAAAAGUGAUGUUUGAUUUUAUGUAUAAGACAAGAAUAUCGUAACUCUCUUGAAUAAUCUUUCUUGUACAUUCCUAACCUUAUUUAUCCUGCUGACCUGAAUACUUGAAAAUCUUCAUACUUGCUGGAACAUCUGGAACGUCGAUAUCCUCAAAAAGUUUGAUGCAAAACUUCAGAGAUCUGAAUACCGUUUUAUGCCAUUUUUACAACUGUCGGUUUCGUAUUUCCAUCGUAUAUGUUAAAAUUGAACUAUCGUUCUUUUGUAACGACCAGAGGUUGUGACAGAUGGAAAAGGGCUAUCUCGUUGUUUUAUUGUAAGAUUAUAUUCCACUGUUUCUGGUUUACAUUAUAAACUAUAUACAGAGUCAUUCGGUAGAAACGCACCACCUGAACAUGGGUUUCCCAUAAGACAAAUGGGCGCGCUGACUUCAGGUGGUGCGCUUCUACUGAAUAACUCUAUAUACUUUUUGCCUUAGUCCAAUUUAAAAUCGUUUAGGCUAUAACGUCACGGUAAGUUAUCGUUGUUUCUACAUCGAAGAGCAAGGGAGAGAUUUGACCUUCGUCUUUCAACCUUUAGUCCCGGCGAACCCCAAAAACCGACCGUUACAUCAUCGGAGAUACGUAUCGUUCGUUCAAGUUCCAGUUCAGUUAAUAAGACGCUCCUCCGGGCUUCUCCUUUCUGUUUUCACCCAAAACUUUACCCUUCAAGGGAGUGGACGAUAUGGAAGAUUUAUGGAAAGUGAAAUAAGCGACAUCUGUAGCCUCGAUUCGUAAGGUAGCCCGCGCGUUACUUGUUCGCGAAAGGUAUAUAUGGUGCAUUCUUAAUGAGAAAUCCACUCUUGAGAAACAUACUUAUAGGAAGAUCGCGGUGAAAAAUUUAACUGUGUAAAACCGCAUGUAGGAUUUUUGUAUUAUAUAUAUAAAUAUAUAUAUUUACCACGUAGAACAAAUCCAUAUGGAUUUUCGGAUGUGAAAUAUAAAAAUAGAUUUAUUCUGUGGAUUAUUGUUACUGGACUUUACACUUUUUUUUUUUGUUAAAUUGGCUUUGGCAUGAGCGGCGUCACGAUUUUGGCGAUUAAAAAUGAUGAAUUUUUAUCUGACAAAAGUUUCGAGGAAUUUUGGUAAAACUUUGGUGAAUACGUGAUAUCACGUGGUAGAUUUGGAACGACGUUUUUAACAAAAAUAUCGGAAUAUUUUCUGGGUCAAAUUCGUGGUGGCUGUGUACGAGAUGGCGGCGGAGUAAAGCGGACUAGAGAGGCUUUUUUGCAAAAGUUAUAAGUUUCGUGCCGUUCAAUAUUUAUAUUACGUAUAAAGAGAAAAGGAUAAUUAUGGAAGAGGCAAGGUAUCCGCUGUAUAUGCGCUUACAAGUCGAAUGUUACUGUUAAUGCUAUUCGUAUAGUAAUUUUGUUGGAAUAGCAGUCGUAAGACCUGGGCGAUAAUUGACUUUUAAUUGCAGAAAUUCACAGGAUCGUUUAAUUAACAUAUGGCCAUUCCGAAUUCAAGUAAUUCACAUUAGUGAAUUGUGACGAAGUAAACAAAAACGAGUAAAGAGAUUGUUGAAAAUUAAAGAAAAAAAUUAUAUUAACAAAAUUUCAAUUAUUUCGCCACUAUUGUUCACUACCGAUUAUUUCUUUCGUAAAUUCUCAUUGACGAUUGAACGUAAAAUUUAUUUCGAAUUAAAUUAAAUAAGUUUCGAAAUUUGCCAAAAUUCGCAUUUCGUGGCCUCGAGUAACGUCUAGUUUCUCACGCUGAAUAUCUGCCACUUAGUAGUAUCAACCCUUAAAAAAAAAAAUUCGAAACUUAUACAUUACCCUCGUCAAGAACACAUUGCCACAAUCUCGAUUACUAUAGUUCUUGAAUGAGUAAAACCUUGCGUGACUUUUACGCGUUAUCUUACAUUACCGAGUUUAAAUGAUAAGGAAACGGAAGGGAAGUGAUAACUGAUAACGAUUAAGCAUGCGUCUUCUAAGAACGUUAAACAAAGCCAGAACGACAUUUGCGCGUUAAAUGAUAAUUUUUCGAGAUUCAUAACAAGAUUCAUUUAUUUUGCGAAACUCUUCUUUAAUAAUAAUAAUAAUAAUAAUCGUCAAAAUAGUGAAAUUGAAAAUUGAUACGAAUGUUAUUAGUCUAUUGUCAUUAGAACGACACUAAUCGAUGUAAUAAGUCGUUUCGAUGGUAAUAAUAAUGAUAAAUGAUCUAGAUAUUAGUUUAUAUAGAAUUAAUUAAAAAAAUUUCGUUCGCUCGAUGUGUACUUAAUUACUAAUAAUGCGCGGUGAAGAAUGAAACUUACGACCAAAAAUAUAAUUAGUGAGUAAAUUAACUAAUUAACACUAAAAUAGUGUGACGUCUGUAAUUUAGAGUACUUUCGACCACCCGUAAUUAUCAUUACGAAUUCAUUAAUUCAGCAUGAUUUACGAUAAUAAACAGUCAAGGAGUCAAGGAUUUGUAUUUACUUUGUAGAUACGACUUUUUUCCAUACCGAAUUUGGAAACGUGCGUCCCUCGAUCACACGUAGAUUCUUCCAUUAUAUAUCCGAUUAGAAAUUCGAGUGAAUUAAAUGUAUAGCAGUAGAGUCUAGUUACAAUGUAAGAUAUUAUUAUACCAUUAUUGUAUAUGUAUAUAAGAGAGAGAAAGGGAAAUAAAGAAUAUGACAGAAAAUAAUA